AUGUUAGCCCCACUUCUGCGCGCCGCUGUGCGUCGCGAUACCCGCCCGCUGGUGCGCACCUUUGCAAGCUGCCGCCCUCUGUUCAAGGUUGAGGCGUCUUCGAAGUUGUUUGACUCGGCGAGCGUGGCCGUGCAAGACAUUCCUUCUGGCGCCUUGGUGCUGGUCGGUGGGUUUGGCCUGUGCGGCACGCCGGAGACGCUGAUCAAGGCUGCGGCCGCGCGUCCUGACCUCGAGAACCUGACGGUGGUCUCGAACAACAUGGGUGUCCCUGGCAAGGGUCUCGGCACGCUGGCCGAGGCGAAGAAGAUUUCGCAGGCGAUCAGCUCGUUUGUCGGUGGAAACCGCGCGUUUACGACGCAGUUCCUCAAUGGCGACGUGUCGAUGCAGCUCAUUCCUCAGGGUACGCUUGCGGAGAAGAUCCGUGCGGGUGGUGCCGGUAUCCCUGCGUUUUAUACCCCCACCGCCGUCGGUACGGCCGUCGAGAAGGGCGAGCUGGUGAAGCAGUACAAGAAGCAGACCAAGGAGGAGAAGGAGAAGAAGCUCCCCCUUGAGCCCAAGAGCUUCACGGCGCCCCGCGAGACGCGUGAGUUCAACGGCCGCACCUUUAUGCUCGAGGACUCCAUCCAGGGCGACUUUGCUUGGAUCCACGCCUGGAAGGUCGACGAGGCGGGCAACACCGUCUUCCGCCGCACCGCCCGCAACUUUAACGAUGCAAUGGCGCGCUCGGCCCGCACGACGAUCAUCGAGGCGGAGGAGAUUGUGCCCGUUGGCUCGAUCGACCCCGACCAGGUGCACCUGCCCGCGAUCUUUGUCAACCGCAUCGUCAAGGCCACCGAACCCAAGUGCGUCGAGGUGCUCAAGCUCCAAAAGACGGAAGACGCGGGCGGUUCGCAGGAGGGUGCGAAGCGCGACGUGAUUGCUGCGCGCGCUGCCAAGGAGCUGCGUGACGGCAUGUACGUCAACCUUGGCAUCGGUAUGCCCGGCCUCGUGCCGAGCUUCCUGCCGGAGGGCGUCAGCGUCACGCUCCAUGGCGAGAACGGUCUGCUGGGCACGGGCCCCUACCCCGCCACGGAGGCCGACGUCGACUCGGACCUGACGAACGCGGGCAAGGAGUCGGUGACCUUCUUGCCUGGUGCGUCGUCCUUUGACUCGUCCGACUCGUUCGGCAUUGUGCGUGGCGGCCACCUGGAUGUGACGAUGCUGGGUGCGCUCCAGGUCGCUGCGAACGGUGACCUGGCCAACUACAUGAUCCCCGGCAAGCUCGUCCAGGGUAUGGGCGGUGCGAUGGACCUCGUGUCGAACCCCGACAACACGCGCGUGAUUGUCCUGACGGAGCACACCGACAAGUUCGGCCGCUCCAAGGUGGUGGAGAAGACCGACCUGCCGCUCACCGGCGAGCGCUGCGUCGACCUGAUCAUUACCGAGCUCGCCGUGUUCAAGGUGAACCGCGAGCAGGGUGGCCUCACCCUUAUUGAGCUUGCUCCGGGCGUCACCGAGGAUGUGGUGCGCGAGAAGACCGACGCUCCUUUCCAGGUCGCACUCCAGUAG